AUGUCCGCGCUACGUAUCCUCGUUCCCGUCAAGCGGGUCAUUGACUAUGCUGUCAAACCCCGAAUCAACAAGGCGAUGACCGGCGUGGAGACCGUCGGCGUCAAGCACUCGAUGAACCCCUUCGACGAGCUCUCGGUCGAGGAGUCGGUCCGCAUCCGCGAGGAGAAGCGCGCCCCGGGCGGCGUCGAGGACAUCGUCACCAUCUCUGCCGGCCCCGCCAAGGCCCAGGACGUGAUCCGCACGGCGCUCGCCAUGGGCAUCGACCGGGGCAUCCACGUGGAGCUCAAGGAGGGCGAGGAGCUGGAGCCGCUGACGGUGGCCAAGCUGCUCAAGGCGACGGUGGAGGCGGAGAAGAGCAACCUCGUGCUGCUGGGCAAGCAGAGCAUCGACGACGACGCGGGGCAGACGGGCCAGAUGCUGGCGGGGCUGCUGGGCUGGCCGCAGGCGACGCAGGCGAGCAAGGUGGAGUUUGGCGAGGGCGACUCGGUGACGGUCACGAAGGAGAUUGACGGUGGCGUGGAGACGGUCAAGGCGAAGCUGCCGAUGAUCGUGACGACGGACCUGCGGCUCAACACGCCCCGGUUCGCCAAGCUGCCCAACAUCAUGAAGGCGAAGAAGAAGAAGCUCGACAAGAAGACGCUGGCUGACUUUGGGCUUACGAGCGACAAGAAGCUUAAGAUCUUGAAGGUUACUGAACCCCCCGUGAGACAAGGCGGAGGCAAGGUUGAGGAUGUUGGUGGUCUUGUUAGCAAGCUGAAGGAACUUGGCGCUCUGUAG